GACCCUGUGGCUGCACGCUGGUAUGAAAACACACCACAGUUACUCAGAAGAUCCUAAGGAAAAUAGGCCUUGCUUGCCUAUCAGAGAGGAGCAUAUCCAAUUCAAUAGCUUACCAACAUCUUCUUGGGAAGAGGCCAAAAAGAAACAAACAUCCACGUUAAAAGCAGUCUCUCUAGAAACAAGUUCUCCUGACGCUGACCUUGAGGAUGCAGACAUGGGAAGAAAAAGACGGACACCCAUGGAAAGGAGUUCUAUGGAGAAUGGAGAAGAGAAGGAGGUCAGAGGAAGAAGACCUACCAGUUGGAAAAAGGAGGCAGUUUUGUUGGGUACUCCAGACAGCUUAGGUAGUACUAUUUUCAUCUUUCAUUCCCCAGCCAUCUCAAGAACCAGAGUUGCCUUGAAUGAGGACCCUGUUGGGGAAAGUCUUAUGAACUCCCAGAGAGGAAGUCUCUUCACGAGUAAAGGAGAUGAGGAUGAUCCAGUAGUCUGGUGCUCUGGUAAAGAAUCUAUGCCAAGGGAGAGUGUGUGCGUCCAAUUAGGCUUGACUCGGCAACAGGAUUGGAGAUUUGGAGAGGAUGAAUCCUGGUUACGCAAUGUUGGCUUCACUCACCCACCUCGAUUAGCUAACAGCUAG